ACACAUGAGCAUGUCAACUGUCAUGUGUCAUAUUAGAAUCAAAACAAUAAUACCUUCCCAGCCUGUGUUGCCCGAUAGACAAAACUGCAUGAAUUCUGAAUACGCGCUUCAGAACGCGGCUGUCAAUGCACCAACAUUGAGUUUCAGUUUAAUUAACAAUAGGAAUUUUCUUAUUUCGUGUUUCGGUCGUUGAGUUUUUUUUUGGAAUUCAAAAUGUCGGACGACGAAGAAGUGACUUAUAAGAAACCACAAAAAACCAUUCACUAUGGAACACUGGAAAACAAUGAGUGGCUGAAACAACCGACGCUUGAGGAGAUUCAAUCGGACGAAGAUGACUAUGAGCCAGAUAGUAAGAAAGCAGCCACUGCGGCCACUUCAACCAUCGCACCACCCACAUCUGGUGGUAACAUCAAUAUUUCCAAUGAAUACUUUGACUUGGAAUCGGAAAUGUCGAAGGACAAAACGGCUUUGCUGGAGGAGUUUGAACGUCGACGAAAGGCUCGUCUUAUCAACGUUAGUACCGAUGAUGUGGAGGUGAAGAAAAACUUGCGUCAGCUGAACGAACCGAUUUGUUUGUUCGGCGAAGGACCGGCUGAGCGUCGAAAACGAUUGAAAGAGAUGCUGGCAAAUUUGGGUGAAAAUGCAAUCACUCAAAAAAUGGCUGAAGAAGAGGAGCGCAAGCAAUUGCAACGCGAACAAGAGACGACAUGGUAUCACGAGGGGCCAGAAGCAUUGCGAACAGCUCGUAUUUGGAUUGCACAUUAUUCACUGCCUCGAGCCAGAGAUCGAUUGGAACAGGCGAGAGAGGCACGGGAGGUGUCGAGCGCAACAAAAGCCGGCCGAAUGGUUGAGCUACAGAAGAAAUUGCAGUCGUUAAGCUUAGAAUGCAGUCAAGUGGGUGAUACACGGCCGAUAAGUCAAUGUAGAUUCAAUGAUGAUUCCACACUGCUCAUGACUUCAAGCUGGUCGGGAUUGUGUAAAUUAUGGAGUGUACCUGAUUGCAAGGAAUUGUUGACAUUGCGUGGCCAUUGUUGGUAUACAUGUGGCAUCGCUUUUCGACCCGGCAGUCGCAAAGAUGAAGAUAAUGUUGUUGCAAUGGCAUCGAGUGGAUAUGACGGUAUUGUUAAGUUGUGGUCUUUUGGAAGUGAAGAAUCGAUUGCUGAUAUCUCCGGUCAUGUGCCGCAUCGAGUGGCUCGUGUAGCUUUCCAUCCGUCUGGCCGAUUCCUUGGGACAACUUGUUAUGACCAUUCGUGGCGAUUGUGGGAUUUAGAACAAAAACAAGAAGUUUUGCAUCAGGAAGGUCAUUCGAGGGGCGUUCAUAGCAUUGCAUUCCAAGGUGAUGGCAGUGUUUGCGUGACCGGCGGUCUUGAUUCAUUCGGUCGGGUUUGGGAUUUACGUACAGGCAGAUGCAUAAUGUUCUUGGAAGGACAUUUGGGAGCCAUUUAUGGAGUCGAUUUCUCACCGAACGGUUUUCAUAUUGUUACGGCUAGUGGAGAUAAUUCAUGCAAGAUAUGGGACUUGAGGCGUCGCCAACCCGUAUACACAAUUCCAGCGCAUACGAAUUUGAUCUCAGAUGUGAAAUAUCAGAAGGACGGUGGCAAUUUCUUGGUGACAUCUAGUUACGACUGUACAGUGAAGAUCUGGUCCAAUAAAACGUGGCAACCACUAAAAACACUCCAAGGCCACGAUGGAAAGAUUAUGAGCGUUGAUAUAUCGCCCAACUCACAGUACAUUGUCACUUCAUCAUUCGAUCGUACCUUCAAACUUUGGACACCGGAAUACUAAACUGAAGUUACUUCUCUUUUUCUUGUUUUGAAACAUUCUUCUAUUCAAGUUUUUCAUUUUGAAAUAAAUAAAUAUGCCGAAAAUUUA